GACGACGCCGCCAGCGACGCGGAGACAGUGUCCAGCUGCAGCUCCCGCAACCCGCGCUCGCGCAUGAACACGCCCUACCUGGGGGCGAGCAGCUUCGUGACGGCGGCGGGAUCCCCCGCGGAGCCCGACGACGCCCCCGCCCCGGGCAACCGCAGGCCCGGCCGCGUGCGCAGCAUGGACCCUGGGCUCGGCCUCGCCCCGAGGAGCAGCGCUGGAGCCGCGCCCUCGGACUCCGACCGGGACGCCAUCAAGUCGGUCGCGCUGGAGUCCAACAUGGAGCGGGAGAUCGCCUCGCGCGUGCAGCGGAACGCGCAGCGGCAGGCCCGCGAGGACCGGGAGUGCAGCGCGUUCCCGGCGCUCCCCGGCGGCAGCGGCGCCGUGCCGCUGCCCCGGCGGGCGCCCUCGUUCGAGGGCUCGGGCGAGACGGGCCUGGAGUUCCUCGCGAGGCGGAAGGUGGACCACGUCGUGAAGGACACCGAGAUGCUGAGGACGUCACUUCGAGGCCUCAACUUCUUCGAGGAGUUCGACGACGAGGGAAUGGAGGAGCUGAUCAAGGCGAUGCAGGUCUACCAGUUCGAGGACCAGGAGAGGGCCGUUCGGCAGGGCGACACAGAUGGAACCCACUUCUUCGUGGUGGCGGCGGGCGAAUUCGUUGUCGAGAGAGACCGCGAGCCGAGAGUGAUCCUGGGGCCUGGCCGCUGCUUCGGCGAGAGCGUGCUCAUGCUCUUCGGCGAACGGAACGCCACGGUCGUCAGCCGCGGGCGCGCCCAGGCCUACGGCAUGGAGGGCAUGGCAGUGCGCGAGAUGCUGCGGACGCAGUACGAGCAGAAGCGCGCGCCCGUGGUCGAGGCCCUGGACGAGGUGAUCAGCUCCAACGCCUGCGAGAUGCUGUCCGCGCUGAACGCCUACCAGCUGCAGAGCCUCUACGACCAGGUCGAGAUGCGCAGGUUCGAGAAGGGCGCCGUGCUCAUGGAGGAGGGGCCCUGCGACGCUCAGGAGGUGAUCAUCGUGUGGUCCGGCAGCGUCAGGGCCGCGGAGCGAGGGCAGGACCUCGGCGAGCUCCCGCGCUUCGCCGUGGCCGGUGACCGCGCCAUGGUGUUCCAGGAGAGCCCCACCACGCUCACGGCCUGCGGGGGGCCCGUGCAGGUGCUGGUGCUGUCCAGGCGCCUGCUCGAGACCAUCUUCGGGGACCAGAUGGAGCAGGCGCUCGUGCGCAACCGGCUCCUCUGCGUGCUGGCGCGCCACCAGGUCUUCUCCAGGGUCCACGAGGAGCAGCGCGAAGCGAUCGCGAACGCGUGCGUCAUCCGCGAGAUACAGCCCGGGCAGGAGCUGACCGGCGUGCAGAUCUGCGAGGGCGUGCCGGCGACGGGGCCGGCGCAGGCGGCGCCCAGCUGCCUGACGUCGGCGGACUAUUGGCUGACGAAGGAGGACAUGCGCCUCGCACUGCAGAUGCAGCUGCAGCCAGACAGGUGCGAGAGUCUUGUCCUCGAGCUGACGAGCACUCAGGACCUGCUGAGCUUGGCGGCCCUGCGCCGCUCGACGGCGCAGGCGAGCGAGAAGGCCAGGUCGGACGAGCGGGCUUUCAAGGUGGUCAAGAGGAUGAUGGAGUACCGUGUCCCGAAGCACGCGAUCUGCAGCCUCCCGGAGCUGGUGGGCGACGCCGGCGACAGAACCCGCGGGGCCCUCGAGGAGCUGGUGGGCGCCUGCGUGCCCCGCGCGGAGCACCAGCUCGACGGAGAGGUCACCACGUGCGUCACGAGGGACGUGCCGACGGGGGCGCAGGAGGUGCCCGUGCUGUCCGCCGAGUGGUUUGGCAGCGGCGACCAGAUCGAGAUCUCCGCCGGCGAAGUCUCGGAGACCAGGGAGCUGGUCGGCCUCGGCCCGGCCGGCGCGGACGCCCCCCUGUCCUUCAGGGUGGACGCCCCCCUGCUAAACCCGUACCCCGCGGGCGCGAAAGUCACACGCGGCGAAAAGCUGGACGGCAUGCGGCGCCGACCGAGCAAGUCGCGCGCCCUCGAGAACUACGAACGGUUCCACAACCUGCCCAAGGGCACUGCCACGUUCGACCAGGUCGCCAUCAGCUCGGCGGGUGUGUCGGGCUGGUCAUCGACCUCCAUCGGAGAGGUGGAGGCGUACCUCGACCACUGCUACUUCUACAACUUGGAGAUACGCGGUCUCGAGCCCAAGUGCAGGUACCAGGAGCAGUGCCGGAGGGUGCACGCUCGGAUGCCCGACGCCGUGUUCGAGACCAUGGCGGCCCCCAAGAGAGCCAGAGACCUGCGAUUUGCGGCCGUGCUCCACGGCGAGGUCGAGACCCGCCUCGCGGACGGCGGCGACGGCCCGGCACCAGAGCUCACCCGCCACUCUGGCGGCUCCGCUGACGGGUGCACGUUCGGCGAGGAGACGCUCCUGCACAGGGACAGGCGCUGGAACCUCCUCGUGAAGGCGACGUCCGACACCCCUGUGAAGCUCGCGAUCUGGCGCAGCCAAGAGCUGGACCCAGUCCUGAUGUUCGACAACCUGGACUUCACGCUGGAGCAGGAGGACAGGGUGCGAGUCCUGAAAACGAUUUUCCUGUUCCAGACGCUCGCCAAGCCCCAGCUCGCCCGACUGGCCAGCGCCCUGCAGACGACCACCAUGACCGAGGACCAGCGGGUAUUCUCGCAGGGCGACGCCCAUGCGACGCACUUCUACAUCAUCCGCACGGGGCUCGUGGCCGUAGACAUCGACGGCAAGAGGAAGCGCACUCUCGGGAAGGGCGACUAUUUCGGAGAACGGGCGCUGCUCAGCAACGAGCCUAGAUCGGCAAGCGUCACCGCCGUGGAGAAGUGCGAGCUAUGGAUGAUGGACAAGGGCACCUUCCAGGAAAUAAUGCAAGGGCCCUGCUUGGAAUACUUGACUUCCCGCAUAGCGCUGCAGGACACGAGGUUGGAGUUCGUGGACCUCGAUUUCAUGAGAGUCGUCGGCCGAGGUGGUUUCGGAGUAGUUAAAAUGGUGAAAGCGAGACGGACCGGCAUGCGCUACGCGCUUAAGUGCAUGCGCAAGCGCGACGUCGUGGAGAAGGGCCAGCAGGAGGCAAUCGUGUCCGAGCGCAGCAUUUUGGCCGAGAUUGACCAUCCCUUCAUGGUCAAGUACGUGCGCUCAUUCGGGACCGACACCCGAAUAUACUUCCUGAUGGAGCUCGUCAGUGGAGGGGAGUUGCUGGACGCCUUAGACAGAAUGGGCUUGCUGACUCACCAGCAGGCCAUGUUCUACACGGGAUCGAUCGUAUUAGCCCUCGAGUUCUUGCACACGCGGCGGAUCGCAUACCUCGACCUCAAGCACGAGAAUUGCUUGAUAGACCGCCAGGGAUACCUCAAGCUGAUUGACUUCGGCAUAGCCCAGCGCAUCACCGCCGCCCGCUGCCACGUGAUGAAGGGCACGCCCGUGUUCAUGGCUCCAGAGAUGAUCCUCGGGAAAGGCUACACCACGGUGGCGGACCUCUGGAGCUUGGGCGUCUGCCUCUACGACUUCGUGAUCGGCGAGUUCCCAUUCGCCAACGGGGUUUCGAACUGCGGGGAGAUCUUCAACCAGGUGGUGCGCGCAGAGCUGAGAUUUCCGCAGCGGUCGGAGAAGGAGCCCCGCUGGGAGGCCACCGUCUCCCUGAUCCGUGGCCUGCUCCACCGCGACCCCGUGAGGCGGCUGGGCGCGGGCUUCGAGGGCUUCACCACCCUGAAGGAGCACGCCUUCUUCCGGGGGCUCAACUGGGACCGCCUCCUCUCGAGGGAGAGAGGACGGCACGUCGUGCGAGCCUGCGUGCCCGUGCCGUGGUCGCUUCCUCGGCCCGUCGGCCGCGAGCUGAGCCCGCCCUUCCUGCCCGACCGCGAGGCCUACGCGGAGGACAGGGAGGCGCCCGGCCAGGCGUCCAGCACGGCCCUGCGGCCCCUGCAGGACGUCGAGGCCGAGGUGGACCCCCGCGACGAGGGCUGGCAGGACCCCGAGCCGGGCUGGGACGCCGACUUCUAG